CUAGAUUUGGAUGGAAUGCAGAAAUUCAUGCUUGAGCCGACAAGCUGCAAUCCCUGGCCGCCAAAACCACAGCCGGCCACGCCUCCAUCUCGACCGAUCGACCCAUCCCGCCAUCCGAGCCGCUCCUUGCGAACCGGACACUGCAACAUCGCUCCACCAAGACGGAGCUCUCUACCACUGCCUGGCCCUGGCGUUUGACAUCUAAUCGCGGCGCGCGCAGCCACAACGCCCGCCUCGCGUCGCGCAAACGACGCCCAAUCCGCCGACUCGCACUUCCUCGAUCCACCCCCGCCCAAUCCGCCCCCCGGCGAGGCGACACGCAGUAAUAGUAAUACCGCCGCCGGCGCCCGCAGGCAAACAGUACCAAUGUCGACCUCAAUGGCGCCGCAGGCCAACGGGGUGGCCCCGGCGGCCAGCCAGCCCGCCGCCUCGACCCAGUCGACCGUCACCGUGCCGAGCAGCCAGACCCAGACGCAGCCGUCGACACAGCAGCAGCCGUCACAGCCCUCACAAGCAGCAGCAGCAGCAGCAGCAGCGGCGCCGGCCGCCGCCCAACCACAACAACAACAGCCGCACCCCAACGGCGGGGGGAACAACAACAGCAAUAACAACAACCAGCAAGCCCCCCGGCCUAGGGACGCGCGCACCCUCGAGCUCCUCCUGACGGCCCAGGGCGUCACGGCCUUUGAGCCGCGCGUGCCGCUGCUGCUCCUCGACUUCGCCUACCGCCACACCGCCGCCGUGCUCUCCGACGCCCUGCACCUGUCGGGCGACCCCUACACCACCCACGCCGGCGCCAAGCCCAGCGCGUCCCAGGGCGCGUCCGCCACGGCCCCUCCCGGCGGCGACGCCUCCGUCUCGGCCGGCGCCGUCCAGGUCGCCAUCGCCAGCCGCCUGGCCUUCCAGUUCCGGGGUGGUGCCGGCGGCGUCGCCGUCAGCAGCGGCACCACCACCAAUGCUACCGCGUCGGCGGGCGCGGGCGCGGCAGCAACAGGAGGCGGUGGAGGCGGCGGCGGCGGCGGCGGCGGCGGCGCGAGCAAGGAGUUCCUGCUCGAGACGGCGCGCGAGCGCAACCGCUCCGCCCUGCCCCGCAUCCUGCCCUCCGAGUGGGGCGUGCGCCUGCCGUCGGAGCGCUUCGUGCUCUCGGGCUCCGCCUGGGGCCUCACCGACACGUGGGGCCCCGGCGAGGCCGGCAUCGACGAUGACGAUGACGAUGACGACGAUGACGAGGACAUGGAAGACGCCAUGGAGGGUGUCGAGGGCGGCGGUGGUGGCACGGGGGCGGCCGCACAGGGAGGCAACGGGCCGGACGAGGAGGUUGGCGGGGAGCCGGUCGAGGGCGGGACCAUCGACGACGUGUUUGGCGACGACGUCGACGAAGAGAUGGCCGAGGAGUGAAAGGGGCCUUGGGAGGAGGGACGUUCCAGCUUGUAAAGGUAUUACGAGCUGCGCCCGCAUCGCAGGCGCCCCUGACGACUGGGAUUGGUCGCGUAUUCGACAGCACCCACCCGCGCUCGACGUUCAAAUCCAAAGCGACAAACGAGAGGAUCUAUAGGCGGGCAAAUGGGGCUCAGGCGCAGUGAUGGCUACCUGGCUACCUGGUCGCAUAUCCGUCGGUUUUUUAUAGUGAUCAAAGGCAGAGCCCACAUACCCAAGACCCCGUUCUUCGUUGAUAGAACGCGGAAAUACUUUUUAUCAAGCCACCGCAUGUGCCCUUCACACAAAGUUUUCUUUAUCCCACCUGCUAUUUGGUUUCCAUCCUCGUGUCCACACCCGCUCGCCCAGGCUUGCGCACCCCAGAGCUCGCGGCCUGUACCUAUGCGUAGAUCAUCACCCAUCAUUUUACGGCUCAAGAUUCACCAUUGUCAAACAGUUUUUGUUGUCUUGCCUUGUCGAGCAUCCAAAGUAGAGCAUCAAAUACCGGCAUGUUUCUUUCCAGGUCCAAACAGCACCUCCUGGGUCGUGCCUGUUGGGACGAAACCUGUGUCCAAGGCCGCAACUUUGAGGAGUUGUCGCCCGAUUCCCAACUGCUCCUCAACACAGAAAUCAAGUUGAUAUCCAUGGGCUCGCCUUGCACAAAGAUGCAGCACCUCAAAUUAGUCAUCUUACAUGUAUUAGUAGAAAUCUAUUUACAGAUGACCAUGG